AUGGCGCCAUUGAACUCUCUGGAGAACGAGUACCCACUCAUUGAUUCUAACUUCCAAACCUUUUGCGCUUCCCACGCCAUUUACUCCGUCGAAGAUUUCCUCCUGCAUGAUCUCGACGCAUUACUCACUUCCGCGGCUAAUCAUUCCACUUCUCAGAGAUUGAAACAGGGUAUUCAUCAGCUUCUGUCUAUUGUCGAUGCUCUACACCCGCCAUUGAUAAAUGGUUUGCAGCUUCUUGAAGAUUUUGAACGGAAUAAAGAUUUUUUGUCUACUGGUUGUGAAGGGAUUGAUGCAUUUCUCGGAGGUGGAUUACGCGAAGGACAAUUAACUGAACUUGUUGGACCAUCCUCUUCUGGCAAGACACAGGUUUGCUUGAUGUCUGCCUCAACUGUUGCAAAGCAUAAGUGUUCAGUUAUAUAUUUAGAUACUGGCAACUCCUUCUCACCUCAGCGUAUUGCACAUUUUGUUGGCCAGUCUUCUGAUUAUGUCUCAGGCAAUCAGGCCGAUCAUAGACUUCUACAGAACGUAUUAGACAGGAUAAUUUGCUACCCAGUGUUUGAUGUGUAUCAGAUGUUUGAUCUGCUUCAUCAACUGAAGAUUAAUUUGAGAUCCAAGAUUGCCAAAUCAGAUCGUCAUGUACAACUGCUUAUUGUUGAUUCAAUCUCUUCACUGAUUACUCCCAUCCUUAGGGGAAGUGGUCCUCAGGGACAUGCUUUAAUGAUAUCUGUUGGGUUUUUAUUGAAGAAGCUAGCACAUGAGCAUAAUAUUGCAGUGUUGGUGACAAAUCAUGUGGUGGGUGGGGAAGACGGUAAUUCUAAACCAGCACUUGGAGAGAGUUGGAAGAGUGUCCCUCAUGUGCGGCUUUUGCUCUCACGUGAAUGUCGAGGCAAUAUCUGCAACAUUUCAAUAAUCAAACAUCCGGCUAUGGCUUCUGGUAGGACUGCAACUUCCACCCGUCUGUUUGUUUGA